AUGAGUUCAACACAAGCGACAGACAAAGUCGAAAGUGAAUUUCUUCUUCUGAUCUUACAUGAAUUGAUGCAGAAAGUAAAGACUAGCGUUAUAAAGAACAAUUGUAAUCCGGAAUGGAAUGAGGAGUUAACUCUUUCAAUUAAAAAUCCAAAUGUUCCAAUCAUCCUAAGUGUGCAUGAUAAAGACACGUUCACCAACGAUGACAAAAUGGGUGAGGCAGAAAUAGAUAUUCAACCAUACAUAGAGUGUAUGAAGAUGGGCUUUCAGAACCUCCCCAAUGGUACUAAAGUUGGUGAAGGAGUUCAGCCAAACAGCAAAAAUUGCCUAGCCGAAGAGAGCUGCUUUGUCUGGAACAAUGGUAAAAUUUGCCAAGACAUGCGUCUUAAAUUGAGGAACGUAGAAUGUGGGGAGGUAGAAGUCCAGAUUGAGUGGAUUGAUCUUCACGGUCAUAAAAGUUCCCAGAGUUGAGGUAUGCUUUGUAUCGGCUUGUAGUAUGUUGUGAUAUAUGGGUUGGUAUUAGACUAACCAUAUAUGUAAUCUUUUAUGUCGGUACUCUGUAGUAAUUAUCUUACAAUGAAUCCACCAAUCAAAUGUAUCAGUCUGUUUGUGAGAACAAGAUUGAUGUUUUGCAUUGGCAGUGCUUCCAUUUCCAUGUCAUGUGACCUAACACUUGGCUUGAAUUUUGUAGUUCUGUGUUGUAAUAAUAAGAAAUUCCUUGCCUACAA